AUGAAUAUUGGUACCCCAGCACCCAUAUCUGACGCGAAACAGCCCCGGCUAAUUGACCUCCCAGACUGGCAGCGCGCCAAUAGCUACGGGUCCAAGAGUGACCCUGGUGCAAUGAGCCCAGGCCGCACACAGGGCGCGUCUCCAUACAAGUCACCUCGCAAGAGUCCACAGCUCGGACUCGGCGGAGCAGGCUCACCGCGUCUGCAGCCCCUCACCAUGCGUGAGCCUCAGCAGCCUGCGAACGAUCGCUUCCGACGCGUCUCGGAGAUUGGCUUACGGCCAAGGUGCAACUCACAACCUCCAUUGCGUCGCGCCAAUCCAGAUGGCGGCUACCUCUCCCCAUUACAAGCAGCCACAACGCACUUGCUCCAGACGUAUCGCAUCUGCAAUCCAAAUUUCAAUUAUCUCAGCUCGCGUAAUCCCCGCAGGGUGUUGACGAAGCCGUCGGAAGGCACAAAGAAUGAAGGUUUCGACAAUGACGAUUCAGACUAUAUCUUGUAUGUCAAUGACAUCCUGGGCAUUAACGAGGGCCACAAGUACCUGAUCUUGGAUGUCUUGGGUCAAGGCACCUUUGGACAGGUCGUCAAAUGUCAAAAUAUGAAGACUUUAGAGGUCGUUGCCGUCAAGGUCAUCAAGAACAAGACGGCCUAUUUCAAUCAAUCAAUGAUGGAGGUGACAAUAUUGGAUUUGCUCAACAACAAGCUGGAUGCAAAGGACGAACAUCACAUCCUGAGGCUCAAGGACACCUUUAUCCAUCGGCACCAUUUGUGCUUGGUGUUCGAACUGCUCAGCGUCAACCUCUACGAACUCAUUAAGCAAAACCAAUUUAGAGGUCUCUCAAUCAAUUUGGUCAAGGUUUUCUCUGGUCAGCUCCUAGACGCCAUGACUGUCCUCAACGAAGCCAACAUCAUUCACUGUGACCUCAAGCCGGAAAACAUUCUGCUCAAAAACUUGGAAACGCCCAACAUAAAGGUAAUCGAUUUCGGCAGCGCCUGCCAUGAACGUCAAACAGUCUACACCUACAUACAGAGUAGAUUCUACCGGUCUCCCGAGGUACUACUUGGCUUGCCCUACUCUGCCGCCAUUGACAUCUGGUCGCUUGGCUGCAUUGUAGCAGAACUGUUCCUGGGUCUGCCCCUGUUUCCCGGAUCAUCCGAGUACAAUCAAAUGACACGCAUUACAGAGAUGCUUGGGCAGCCGCCUGCAUGGAUGCUUGAGAUGGGCAAACAGAGUGGCGAGUUCUUUGAGAAGUCGGUUGAAACGGACGCAGCAGGCAAAAAGCGUUACCGGCUUAAGAGUUUGGAACAGUACAGUCGCGAGCAUGGUGUCACUGAGCAGCCAAGCAAGCGAUACUUCCAAGAGACGACAUUACAGCAAAUCAUUGCGCGCUAUCCGCUACCAAGAAAGAACAUGACAGAUAAGGAAAAGCACAAGGAGGAGAUCACGCGAAACGCGUUCGUCGACUUUGUUGGCGGCCUGCUCAAUCUGAACCCGCUCGAGCGCUGGUCGCCACAGCAGGCGAAGAUGCAUCCGUUCAUAACAGGCGCGGAAUUCAGAGGCUCCUUUGUGCCGCCCAUGUAUCGGCCUAUUAAAAGACCUUCUGCUGAGAACCCGUUGCCGCCGCCACCAUCGCAUCACAAUCAGGCACCACAGCAGAAGGCUGCCGAGCAACUCAUUGCAAGCCAAGCUAUCGCACACGAGCAGGCAGAAGCGCGAAUCGCACAGAAACAAGCACAGCAACAGCAAGCGGCAGCAGAGCAACACGCACAGCAAGCUGCAGCUCAAGCUGCCGUUCUUGCAGCUCAACAACAAGCCCAACAUGCCGCUCAACAGCAACAGCAGAUACAGCAGCAAGCAUACAUGAAUUCAAACCCGUACGAACAGAACCCCUAUCUGCAGUCUAGUCAGUAUGCAUACCACCCCGGGUCGCCACAAUACGAGCGCUUUCCUGGCCGUCACAGUUACUCGCAGCAGUCGCCAUCGGCCGCCUCGCCCACAAUGCAAUACUAUCCUCAAGGGAUGCAGCAGCCGCCGCCCUUGCAUCUCAACGUUCCGCAGCAACAUCACGGGCAAUACCCACAGCAACAGCAACAGCAAACGUUUGGCCAGCGGCGUGCCAGGGCCGGUACAAUGGGUAAUAUCGAGGUGCCAGUCAACUUGCAGCGGCAGGCGCAGAUGAUGAAUCCGCAAGUGCUCGGCAAUGCCAAUUACGGCUGGCAAGGUGCGAUGCAGGUGGCGCAACCAAACAAUUAUAUGGGUCAAGGGCAAGGGUCUGGCGACAACAGACGAGGUUCCAUUCACCAGCCGAUGGACGGAGAAAGACGCAUGGAUGACCCUAAUCUCAAUUACCUCGAGCGCUGGCUAUAA